UCUCGGUAGCACGUUCCCUUCAGUGGCGCAUGGUCCUCACUACCGGAUUCCCAUCCCCCAGGUGCGGCUCGGCUCCGGACUCCCCACUGCAGCAGAUUCGCCUCACUCGCCUGGCUCCGCCCUAGCCGGGCUCACGGCGGGUGGCGGCGUGCGUGGCAGUCGGCCGUGGCGGGCGCGGCGGGCCUCAUGGCGGCCGGUCCGCAGUCCUCGGGUGCCGCCGUGUCUGCGGCCGCUUACCCUGACUCACCCGUGGAGUUACCCGCUCACCUACAGAAAGGCGCGAUGCGGCGCCGCUUCUGGGGCGUGUUCAACUGUCUGUGCGCCGGGGCGUUCGGGGCUCUGGCCGCCGCCGCCGCCAAGCUGGCCUUCGGGAGCCAGGUCAAUAUUGGCUUAUGUGUCUUAGGCAUCGUUGCCAUGGCAAGCGCCAAUUCUCUGAUGUGGACCUUCUUUAGCCGGGGGCUCAGUUUCUCUAUGUCUUCAGCCAUUGCAUCUGUCACAGUGACUUUCUCGAACAUACUUUGCUCGGCCAUCUUAGGCUACCUGCUGUAUGGAGAGUGCCAGGAGAUCUUGUGGUGGGGAGGGGUGUUCCUCAUCCUCUGUGGGCUCACCCUGAUCCACAGGAAGUUUCCACCCACCUGGAAGGAGAGCAAGGAGCAGUGAGGCCAGUCGGUGGAUAGACCAGACCCACUGUAAAGAGAACCAUGAUACCCAACCAAGGGUUGACAAGUCGGGCUGCUUCCGGGGCAGCCUGGGAGUGCAGCCCUUAACUGUCAGCCACAGGGAGAUGGUGGACCAGCCACUGGCCUCUGACCUCCUCACAGCCUGGAAAGUUAAAGCAUUAGCUCCUGUAAGGGGAAGAUAACCACCACAGUAUGAGGCCCAAGUCCUUCAGUGUUGGUAUAGUGCCUUGAUUCUUGUGCACCAGAGAAUCCUGGAAGACUGUGAUCGUGGGUUGCACGGCAACAUGGCAGGUGCCUGAAAAAACAAACAAACAUGUGAUUAGAAUCCUGCCCUUCAUGUACCCCAGCACUGGCAGUUGGCUUUCUGAAGAAAAAAAAAAAAAAACUUAAUGUGUCAUGCCUCAGUUGGUCCGUGAUGCCUAUGAAUCUACAGCAAAAGAAGGGAACUUGGGCUAAUAAACACUUGUAAGUUAAAGCUA